GCGUCUAGUCACGUGUUGAAUAAAUGAGUUUGGGAGAGGGAGUCCGGCACACUGUCUGUUUCCUCGGAGCGUGCUACAGCCGUGCGUCCGGACGCACAGUGGAUGGCGAUCAAUUGAUAACAUCGGAGGACUGCAGGGAAGUUAAGAGCAGCGCACAACUUUAAAGGAAAGAAACUAAAACCAGUGUUGCGCAGUGACACGCUUUGUGUGGAACGGAGGAAUCCUCACAGUUACCUGUAAAAUUAAGGAGCGCACGUUAUUUUUGGUUUGUUUUUAGUUGUGAAAUGGCUGGAUUUUACACCUUGGAGUUCGUGCCUGCAAGGGAGCACAGAGGAUUUUCGUAAUUUUUGACAUCUUGGAGUCAACUUUUCUAAAUCAAUAGAGAAGCAGAUGAAUGUUUAACAAGAAGCUAAAAUGAAGACAGCUGCCAAGAGUUUUGGGGGGUUGGUAAUGGAUCCAUCACAUCGUGGUUGGUGGAACCGAAGGCUCAUACUGAUGGUGUGUGUGGCAUUGGACCUUGUAGCAGUGCAUUCACCCGUGGUGCUGGGGACCUUAGAGCUACAGCUAGAUGAGGAACAACCAGCAGGCACGAUUGUGGGUGACAUCAGUGCAGGACUGCCUUCUGGUGUCACAGCAUCCCUCUACUUCAUCUCAGACCACGAGGGCACUGGUGUCGGCAGUGAUUUGGAUAUAGACGAGAGUACAGGCAUUAUUCAAACUGCCAAGGUUCUAGACAGGGAACUAAGGGAUCGAUACUCCUUCAUUGCAGUCACCAUGACAGGUGUGACAGUGGAAGUGACCAUCAAGGUGAAUGACAUAAAUGACCACUCCCCAACAUUCCCAAGAAAACGGGCUGGCUUUAAAAUCCCUGAGCAGACAGCCAUUGGCACCAAAUUUCCUCUUGACCCAGCUGUUGAUGCUGAUAAAGGUCAUUUUACAACACAGGGCUACCUAAUCAAGGAUGGUAACGUGGGUCAAGCCUUCACUUUGGAGACCAGGAGGGGUAGCAGUGAAGUUCUCUAUCUGGACUUGGUGGUUAAUGUUAUUCUAGAUAGAGAGAAAAAAUCUACCUAUAGUUUGUCUCUGGAGGCCUUUGAUGGCGGGUUUCCUAAAAGGACUGAUCAGAUGACGCUAGAUAUUACUGUACAAGAUAUCAAUGACAACGCUCCUGUUUUCAACCAGAGCCGCUACCAUGCCAUAAUCUCUGAGAACCUCAAGCCCGGAAGUAACAUCCUGCAGGUGUUUGCCACAGAUGCUGAUGAAGGAGACAAUGGCUUGGUGUUAUAUGAAAUCAACAGGCGACAGAGUGACCCGGAGCGUUAUUUUGUCAUAGACUCUCGCACUGGCAUUAUUACCCUGAAUAAACCACUGGACUUUGAGAUGAGGAGAGUCCACGAGCUUGUGGUCCAGGCCCAAGAUAAUGCAACCCACCCAGAAGUGACUAAUGCCUUUGUCACCAUCCAUGUUAGAGACUAUAAUGACAACCAGCCCACUAUGACCAUCAUCUUCCUCAGUGAGGAUGGCUCUCCACGAAUCUCUGAGGGGGCGCAGCCAGGCCAGUAUGUUGCCAGGAUCUCAGUCACUGAUCCAGAUUAUGGAGAGUACGCCAAUGUCAAUGUGUCACUAGAGGGAGGAGAUGGGAAAUUUGGCUUGACGACUAAGGAUAGCAUCAUCUAUCUUAUGUGUGUUGAUCAAAUUCUUGACCGGGAGGAGAGAGAUUCCUAUGAGUUGAGAGUGAUGGCCACCGACUCAGGCACACCUCCUCUCAGGGCCGAGUCGUCCUUCAUCAUUCAGGUCACUGAUGUAAACGACAACCCUCCCCUGUUUGACCAGCCGGUGUACAGACAGGUCAUCCCUGAAGUUGUAUUUCCAGGGAGCUUUGUGUUACAAGUGACUGCAAGAGACAAAGACCAAGGGUUGAAUGGAGACAUUAACUACAGCAUCUUGGACAACCAAGAUACUAACUCCAACUGGUUCUCCAUAGACUCUGUGACUGGGAUUAUAACUACCCUGACCCAGAUGGAUUAUGAAAAGAACCCCAAUCCCAGUAUAACCGUGGUAGCCACAGAUGGAGGGAAGCCACCCCUGACUUCUACUGCGGUGGUAAACAUCAUGCUUCAGGAUGUUAAUGACAACGAGCCAGUUUUCAAGAGGAACUUCUACAAUGUGUCUAUCAAGGAGAACACAGCUCCAGGAACCUGCAUUCUUGAGGUGACUGCGACGGAUGCUGACGGUGGCUCCUUUGGCUCCAUCACCUACUCUCUGGGAUCUGGCAUUAACACCGCCGUCCCGUCUCAGUUCUCCAUUAGCAAGGCAACGGGCCAGAUCUGCACUAGCGGUGAUCUCGACAGAGAUCAAGGGCCAACCAGCUACGACUUCACUGUUACUGCAGUGGAUGGGGGUGGACUCAGCUCUGUAGCCUAUGUGAAGGUAGAUCUGGUUGACGUUAAUGAUAACAGACCCACCUUCUAUCCAGUGACCUACGCUGUCAGUUUGAGCACGCAGAGCACUCCUGGAACCUCUGUUGUCAGGGUGACAGCCUUUGACCCCGAUUUUGGGGAGAAUGGUAGAAUUACAUACAAGACAUCACCUGGAGGGGCCUCACCAUAUUUCACUCUCAACAAAGACACAGGUGUCAUUUCCUUCCGGCCUGUCUACGGCAAAGCUAACACUGUCAUUCCAAUGGUGAUCAGCGCACAGGACGGUGGUGGUCUCGUCGCUCUGGUCAAUGCCAGGGUCAACAUCAGCGUGGUGGCGGGACUGGUGGCGCCACCUGUGUUUGAGCAGACCCAGUACUUCACCGUGUCAGAGGAUGUCCUGCGUGGGACAGUUAUAGGCAUCAUCCAGGCCAGCAGUAAGACGGGCACCUCUAAAGAUAUUUCCUACACAAUCAGCUCUGGGGAUCCUGCAGCAUAUUUUCGAGUAGACCCUGACACUGGCGUCCUCAGAACCAGUCUGUCCCUUGGAUCAGGAAACCCAGUCAUCUUUGAUUUGGAGGUUCAGGCCCGUAGCGGAAACCCUCCUGCCUUUGGCCAGACUCGUGUCCACAUUACUGUAGCAGACGUCAAUGAUAAUCCACCUGUUUUUAUGCCCUCCACUUCAGAGUCCCUCUUGCUGCCGGAGCACACAGAAAUGGGCACAGUGAUUUAUCGUGUUCAAGCUGAAGACAAAGACUCUGGAUUAAAUGGACAUCUCACAUUUGACCUGUACUCUCCAAGUGGGGCACAGAGGAUGUUCAGCAUAGAGCGCAGCACUGGUGAAGUCCGAUUAGUCGGGAAUCUGAACUAUGAAACUGUUCCACGUUAUGACCUUCAGGUGACUGCUAAAGAUGGUGGAGUACCUCAGCUUAGUGCCACCUUCAUGCUUGUGGUCCAUGUCCAGGCAGAGAAUGACCAAGGACCUGUCUUUGAUACCCUCACAUACCGCGUAGAGCUAAAAGAAGGCAUCCCGAUUAACACUCGCUUCUUGCAGGUUCGGGCUCUGAACCGAGACACUCCCAGCUUUGGGUUCUUUGGUCCCAUAGCUUAUCACUUGCUUCCUGAUGGAGAUGCUGCAGGUUUUGGAAUUGUUGCAGACAGUGGCUGGCUGUUUGUGAAGAGUGCUCUUGACAGAGAACUCAAAGACAUGUAUCUUCUAACCGUGUUGGCCAGUGCAGGUCAUGGACAGCUAAAGAAGACCGGCAGCGCCACUGUGCGAAUAUCAGUGACAGAUGAAAACGACAACUCUCCUCGGCUCACACAGGAGCGGGUUUUCAUGGCUGUGAGAGAAAACCUGCCAGCUGGAACUGGCUUUGGUCACAUGGCAGCCACAGACCAAGACAGUGGACCCAAUGGACGCAUCAGCUACCGACUCCUGCACUCUGACCGCCACUUCCAGAUAAAUGCACACACAGGUGAGAUCAGUACGAGGACGAUUCUGGACAGAGAGCAGAAGUCCAGUUACCAGCUGCUUGUAGCGGUGCAGGAUGGGGGAUCGCCAAGUCGCAGCUCGACAGGAACGGCUUUUAUCACCGUCCUGGAUGACAACGACAAUGAUCCCGUUUACCACAGACACUCUGGAAAAAACCUCAUCAUACAGGUGCUGGAAGGUCAGCCGUCUGGCGUUCUGCUCGGCACGCUUCAAGCCAAAGACCCUGACGAAGGAGAGAACGGCACUCUGUUCUAUUCUUUGUCAGGUCCCAGAGCUGAGCGCUUUGCUUUGAACUCCAACACCGGCGAGCUGCGAUCUUCUUCCCUGCUCAGCCACUCAGAGCGGGAGGAGUACGCUCUGACGGUGACAGCUUCCGACAGAGGACUGCCCCCUCGCAGCACAUCCUGCUCCCUCACGGUCCAGGUCAGUCUCAGCAUCAACAAACCGAUAUCGAAGGCCAACUCGCUCUCUUUAUCAUUCAACUCUGUGGAGGAGGCCAAGCCUGGAUCUGUUAUUGGCUCUGUUUGCCUCCAAGAUGGAGAACCUCCACAGGAGGGUGAGGUAACCUACACAGUGGUCGGGGGUACAGACCGAGAUGGGACUUUUGUCGUGGAUCAUCUCACGGGUGACGUGUACCUGGCUCGUCCUCUCGACUACGAGCGCAAUGCACGUUACACUCUUCAUAUUGUGGAUGACUUCUCUCAGGUUCCUCCUCAUAGUACCCUAGUCCAAGUAGACAUUGAUGUUGAGGACAGCAAUGACCAUGCCCCUCAGUUCCCUGAAGACCCCAUCACCAUUGUCAUCCCUGAGAAUAUGGAGCUUGGAUCUUCUGUUUAUGCUUUCCAGGCCACUGAUAAGGACGGCAGUGGACCCAAUAGUGAGCUGACAUACUCCAUUCUUCAGCAGUGGCCUCACACCCCUGUGCUUUUCACUCUUGACCCCUCCACUGGGAUUCUAUCUUUGGAUCAGGAGCUGGAUCAUGAGGUCACCCCCAACCUGAUCAUGGUUGUAAAGGCAACAGACUCAGCCCUCAAUGUGAGCCAGAGGCGGUGGGGGUCAGUCACGGCGAGGGUGUAUGUAACUGAUGUGAAUGAUAAUGCACCAGUGUUUAGCUCACCAUCUGCUGUCAGCGUGAUGGAAGACCAGCCGGCGGGCUUUGUGGUUCUCUACGUCAUGGCCAGGGAUGGUGAUCAAGGCGAAAAUGGCCGGAUAACUUACAACAUCCAGUCAGGCAACAAUGGAGGAACGUUCAGCCUCAACCCGAACACUGGCUCGCUAUCCAUUUUCAAACCUCUGGAUCGUGAGGCGCAAGACGUAUUUAACCUCACAAUAAUCGCCGAGGAUCAUGGGAUGCCCCAACUCUCAUCCAGCCAGCUGCUGUGUGUCCACGUGAUUGACGAUAACGAUGAGGUGCCCUGGUUUGACGAGAACCAAUAUGAAGCCCAGAUCUAUGAGAACCAGCAUUCAGGGUCCAUUGUGUUGACUGUGUCUGCUACAGAUCUGGACCAAGGGACUAACGGGAAGGUGACAUAUGAUGGUGUCUCAGAGGAAGGAUUCAGCAUCCACCCAGUAACGGGUGUCAUAACAACCACAAAAUCUCUGGACAGGGAGCUGCAGGACUACUACACUCUCACAGUUUAUGCCAAAGAUGGAGGACUUCCCCCAAACUAUGCCAAAGCCACUGUAAGGAUAAGAAUCCUUGAUGAGAAUGACAACGCUCCCGUCUUUGGACGUCUGUAUUACAGUAUCGAGGUGCCUGAAAACCAGGAGGCAUUGUCGCUGUUCACCCUCAGAGCCACUGACAAAGAUGUAGGAGACAGUGCAAAGAUAACCUACAAAAUAACAGCUGGUGAUCCAUCUGGAGACUUCCAUCUGGACAGACAUUCAGGCGUCCUGUCCACCUCAAGGCCCCUGGAUAGGGAAUAUAAGGCUGGAUACACACUAAUAGUCACAGCUCAGGACCAGGGCCGGCCUCCUCUCAGCAGCACUGCCACUGUGGAGGUGAUCGUCCUGGACAUCAACGACAACAGCCCUCAAUUUCAGAGCAGCAGCUACACUGCAGAUGUAUCAGAAGAUGUCCCUAUUGGAUCACUGGUACUUGAGGUGAAAGCCACUGAUGUGGACCAGGGACACAACAGCCAGGUGUUGUAUUUUCUGAGCCAUGGCUCACAGAGCAUGUUCUUCAUUGAGCAGAACACAGGUCGCAUUAUCACAGCAGCUCCGCUCGACAGAGAGAGAACUGCUUCUUAUAGUUUUGAGGUUUGUGCCACUGAUUCCUCUCCUUCCAACCCGCGCAACUCCACUGCUCAGGUGAUUGUCUACAUCCAGGAUGUGAAUGACAACGCCCCAUUCUUCAUUCAGGAUCCACUCAUUAUUAACAUCUCAGCCAGCACUGUGACCAGCCGUCGAGUGCUGGCCACCAUGAGGGCUGAAGACAAGGACUUUGGAGCCAACGGUUCCGUGUUCUAUCGCUUUACCAUCCCUGCAAAAGGAUUCACCAUCAAUUCACUGACUGGAGAUAUUCAAGCCACAGAGAAACUACAGACUCUAACCCAGAGCCAGAGGACGUUAAUAGUGGAGGCUGUGGACCAGGGGAACCCGGCUCAGUCCUCCUUGGGCGUGGUGAUAAUUUACAUCAGGGAGCAGAGCUACAGGGGAAUCCGCUUCUCUCGUUCGGCUCGAGAUGUCAGUCUGCAGGAGAACGCUGCUAAAGGCACAGUAGUCACGCAGGCUCAGGCCCAGUAUCCUGAUGGCUCACAAACCGGCAUCAACUACAGCAUUUUUAGUGGGAACAGGAUGCAGUCUUUCGCCAUCAACUCCAUUUCUGGUGAAAUCUGGGUCCAGAACUCUGAGGGUCUCGACUUUGAGAGGACGUCAAAACUCCGCCUUGUGGUGAAAGCCGAGACGGCGUCCUCCAGCUCCUACAUGGCGGUCAACUUAAUGCUCCAGGACGUCAAUGACAACUUGCCACGCUUUCAACUCCAGAACUACGUAGCCUACAUUCGAGAGGCUCAAGGCUACGACUUUCCUAUUAUCCAGGUUGCAGCAGAUGAUCUGGACCAGGGUCAGAAUGCUCAGGUGACCUACUCCAUCAGGUCGUCAUCCAUGAGCAGCCUGUUUAAGAUAGAUCCAGUGACCGGCAGCGUCACCACUGCAGCCAUAAUGGACAGAGAGAUCUGGACUCAAACAAAGCUUGUUGUUACGGCGACAGACCGGGGAACCCCACGGUUGGCCGGCUCUGCCACCCUCACUGUGAUCAUCAUCGACCUCAAUGACAACAGUCCCAUGAUUCCUGUGCCUCAGGAGAUCCGAGUGCCUGAAGACACGCUGAUUGGCACAGUUAUCACUCAAGUUACGGGAAAUGACGUGGACUCAGAGCCCACCCUCUCCUACACACUACACCUGGACGCUAGUAGCCAGGGCAUGUUUGGGAUACAUCGCUACGGAGGAGCGGUGUCUCUGACUGGUCCUCUGGACUAUGAGGAGAGGACGUGGUACACUCUGACGAUCCGCUCAUCUGACUCCAAACAUCAGAGCGAGGCCAACCUCACCCUGCUGGUGGAUGAUGUCAACGAUAACGCACCGACCUUCACUCAGGACUUGUAUCAGGUUGCCAUGUCAGAACACCUUCCAGCAGGCAGUGCUGUCAUCACAGUAACUGCUACAGAUCGUGACUCUGGUGAGAAUGGGAAGAUUACAUACCGAGUGAUGUCAUCAAGUCGGGGCAUCUUCUACAUUGACCCAAACAAUGGCACUCUGUUCAUCAAUCAAAAGUCUGAAUUUGAUUUUGAGAACCCAACCAUCAUGGUGGUAAUUGAAGCUCGGGACCAGGGCACUCCAUCCCUUUCAUCCAUUGCAACUGUUCAGGUACAGGUGUCUGAUGUCAAUGACAAUGCCCCCAUCUUCUACCAAUCAGAGUACAGGGCCACUGUGUCUGAAGAUGGUCUCCCUGGAUCUACUGUACUGACAUUAGAAGCUGUGGAUGGAGACAUGUCCCAGAACAACUGUGGUUUUGAUUUUGUUAUUGCUCAUGGCAACUUGGGUAAUGCCUUCCAGAUUGAGAGCAGCAUUCACUUUGUCGAGGGGCGUGGCUUCCAGACCAUUGGAAGCCUGAUCCUGGUGGAGGAACUAGAUUUUGAAGCAGUACCAAAUUACAACUUGACUGUGGUGGUAUCGGACCGCGGCAUCCCUCAACGUAGCUCUAGCGUGUUGGUCCUUAUCAGUGUUAUAGAUGCCAAUGAUAACCCUCCAGUUUUCACCCGAGCAGAGUACAACAUGGUACUCAGUGAGAGUGUGGCAGCAGGGACAGAGAUCUUGCACCUGUCUGCUACAGACCCAGAUUCUGCUCCUAAUGGAGAGGUGCAGUACUCCAUAAGCUCAGGGGAUGAGUCUGGGCUUUUCAAGGUUGACCGGUGGACUGGAGCUUUAAGGUUGCAGAGACCUCUGGACAGUGAAGGACAGGCACGUCAUUUGAUUGUUGUCCAAGCUACUGAUGGCAAAGGGAACUUUGCCUUAGCCCCAGUCAGUAUUGACGUGAAUAACAUCAACGAUAAUAAACCCUUCUUCCCCCUUAAGGUAGUAACUGCUAGUAUCAGGGAAAAUCAGCCCCAGAAUGCUUUAGUCACUAUGCUGCAUGCAAUUGAUCAUGACAGAGGCAUUUUUGGACAGCUGAGAUACUACAUGUUUGACAAACCUAAAGAUGGGAAAGAGGCAUUCAUUAUCAACCAAACCUCAGGGGAAGUACGGACUCGCUCUGCUUUUGACUUUGAAAAGGUGAACUUUUUUCAUUUUGUAGUUGCUGCUAUGGAUGCUGGUAACUAUUCUGCCACAGUCACAGUUCAGGUGUAUGUUGCAGGGGAGGACGAAUAUGAUCCUGUUUUCAAGUCUUCAGAGUUCUCCUUUCAGGUGCCUGACGGAGCAAAGAAAGGUGACAUUAUUGGCAAAGUGCAAGCGAAAGAUGAAGACGGCGGUGUGGAUGGUAUUGUCCUCUACACUUUAGAAGACCAGUCACCUUAUUUUGAAGUCAAUAAAUCAACAGGUUCAAUUUCCCUGAAGAUAGACAGUCACAGUAGACAUUUGAGCCGUUCCAAAAGAGAGGUGCGUCUCAUGACACUGGACGUUACUGCCCACAGUCCUUUGCAGACGUCACGCAAAGCGGUGGCCAAAGUUGUCAUUGAUGUGACCCACACAUCUUUUGGUCUCACCUCAAAUGUGAACAUGCUGCUUAUCAGUGUCAUAGCAGUAUCUUUGGGGACCAUAGUUAUAUUAAUCAUAAUUGCUGUGGCACUAUUUCUGGUCAAAUUAAGGCGACAGAAGAAAGGGCAAAAAGCAUGUGGUAGAAAACCCACCUCAGGCACAGUACUCCACAAGCUCGAGGAAACAAGAAUAUCAGCAAAUGAUAUGAUUUACCAUCAAGCCAUUCCUGGAUAUGUAGCCGAUCAAAGCGGGAACAGCGGUGGUCCGUACAUCCGUGGUGGCUCCCUGGAUCCCUCUCAUUCCAGUGGUCGAGGUUCAGCAGAAGCAGAGGCAGCAGAAGAUGAUGAGAUCAGAAUGAUUAAUGAAUACCCUCGAGUGUCCAGUAUUUCCUCCUCCAUACAGGAGCGCAUCUCUGCACGAGGUCCAGACUCUGGAAUCCAGCAAGAUGCAGACCAGUUAUCAGACGUGUCUGGUGAGCCUUCAAUAGAUGCCAGUCACUGGUUCAAAGGGAAGAAACUGAGCAGCAUAAAUGGUUCUUUGUUAGCUGGCCAGGUGCCGGUCUACAGGGAUGAGGGAGGUGGGUAUGUGGGUGUAGGAAGGGGACUCAGUAUGUCCCAUCCUAAAGACUAUACUUUUCCAGAGGAUGGGAAGCCUGCUGUGGAUGGAUCUCUGACCGCCAUUGUGGCCAGUGACGAAGAGCUGAGAGGCAGCUACAACUGGGACUACCUGUUGAACUGGUGUCCUCAGUUCCAACCCUUAGCUAAUGUUUUCACAGAAAUCGCACGUUUAAAGGAUGAAACUGCUCCCCCUCAUCCUCGCAGGUCAUUUCAUCACAAAGCAAAACCAGAGUCAAGAAUUGACCCCCCACCUCUUAUAACCUCCGUGGCCCACCCCGGGGCCAAAACUGUACCUCCAAAACAGGCUGUUGGGAGGACGUUCCCUCAUCUGGCUUCUUUUCGCAAAUCUCCCAUAAGUGUGGAAGGAUCUAUCGCUGCAGUUGCCAUGUCUCCAAGUUUCUCCCCUUCCCUCUCACCGCUGCAUGCCGCAAGGUCUCCAGCAAUCACACCUUUCAGUGUCUCCCAGGGACCUUCAGCAUCUGUUAUCAGCACAACUGAACACCAUCUGGAACACAGUGAAGAAGUUGAGCUGAGGAUUUAAGGUCUGUGGUUGAAUCUUAAAGGGACAAGCCUUCAUGUUGAUAUUCUUUGUUCUGAAACAGUGAAUGUGGACAUGCACCAUUUUAAAAUAAAAGCAAUAUCACGGGGCUGAAAACAAAGAUUUGGUGAUGCUGUUUUGAAGUGGAAGAACUUGAACAAUGGAAACUGAGUCAUUUUGUCACAUACUUUUUCUACUGUAGCACCGCAGAGACUGUAGCACAAAAUGACUCAGUGGGUAUCAAGUCAGGGUCAACAAACCAAAACAGCAGUGCCCAAUUUGGCAACAAGUCAGUCAUCCCUGUAAUAAACAUUACUGAGUUGCUGUCAAAAGUUUUGGAACCAUCCACAGCCAAAUGUUGUAUCCAGUCUUCAUCUGGAUUCCCUUCUCUUUUGUGUGUGUGUGUACAAUUUGUCCUGUAUUUGCCCACAUAGUUUCAACCCUACUGUUGCUACCUUAACCUGUUCGCUGAGGCUGACUUGAAGUCAGUUAUUGCUUACACAAGUUGGCUAAGAUGAACUAAUCAACCCACUCAUCAAUGUUUUUGCUGUACAAGACCUACAUUUGUACCAGUUCAGGGAAUACGACUUUUGUAUGACUCAUUGUCCUUUUGUGAUGUUGCCAUUUUGCUUUGAAGCUGUUCUGACUUGAAACCACUCCGUGCAUAUUUUUUUAAUAGUCCAAACAGAUGAAGGUGUUGUGCUUAAUGAAGAAAAAACAAAUGAACUACAUGACUAACAGGCCAAAAUGGACUAAUUUUUUUUUGUGUUCUCCCUACUCUCCUGUUAAUCAGUGUUAAUUUGCACAUCCAAACUGGGGAUUCAUACAUGAUGUCAAUAUUUUGUACAAAAGCAUUGUUUAUAUUUUUAUACUUACAUAUGUUUUCUGACAAGGAAUGACAUUACAGUGUCAAAAGGUUGCUAUAACCUUGGAAUAUAUUUCUAUAUUUGUAUAUUUGUAGUUUGUAUUGUUAGUUGCUUUUGAUAUUUUCUUGUAAUUGUUAAUCUAAUGGUUCAAAAUUAAGCUUAUUGUUAAUGCUUUGAUUUGGGCUUUUUGCAACAGAUUGUAAAUAUUUAUAGACAGACGUGUCAUUGCUCAAACAAAUGCAACAUCAGUCAGUCAUUGUUGGAUUUCCUAUGCGUCCCGUGUUUGAUCUCACUUCAAAAGGUACUGUAAUCAUGAAUGUGAAAAACCAACAAGUUGUCUUAGUCCCUUAAUUUUCGGUGAAGGAAAAUGGAACUUGACACCCAAUGAUUCUCCUUUCAGGUGCCCUGGCUUUAAUUUAUCACAACAAGCCUUACCGUUCUAUCCUAGUGUUCAGUGUGCAUUGGGACAAUGAUGUUUGAACUCAUUCAGGAGCUACGGUAUAACUUUGAGACAUCGCCAGCCUUUUGACUUUAGUGAUUACUGCCCAAAUAACUGUUGCUCAACAGACUUUACUUAUGAAUUAUAACUGAAUCUAACAACAGUACCAUAAAACAUUAAAAGUCAUACUAAAUGAUUCAGACAUUAGGAAGAAAUGGAAAAAUAUAUUUUUGUGAAUGUUCAGACAUCACAAGAGAAUCUUUUCUUGUUACUAGAGAAACUAGAAAAGCCAUUUAUAUGUUUAGCCAGAACUGACAAUAUUUUAUGGUUUAUGGCUUUUUACACAGAUUCUGCUGCCAUAAACACAUUCAUAUUGAAAAUGUCACUUUUUAAAGCCUUUACAAGGAACCGGUUGUUAUUGUGAAACAGUUUAGUUUGCAUAAUCUCCAUUUUUAAACCACAUACUAUUAUUUUAAGCAGCCCUAACAUUAUGACAGCAUUUUAUUUAUGAUAUAGAUAGAUCUCCAAAACUGGCUUGGUAGCAUUUUUACAUUUUUUUAAUUUUUUAUUUUAUCAUUUCAUAGUUUUUUUUUUAUUGUUAUUUUAUUUUUUGUUUUAAUUUUAAACAUAGCCAAAUAUACAUGAAUGCUACCUAUGUGUCAGAAUGAAGUUCCAUUAAUGUUUGUAUGGUUAUAAACUGUACAGUGUUAUUUGUCCCAGUUGGUGCCACAGCGAUGACUUCCAAAUGUCCACACAUAUCAUUUAUGAUUGAGCAGAGAAUUGUUGAGCAAAGUGCCUGAUUAAAGUACUUAUGUGAACACAA